AUGAAAAAGCAGACAAGGGCUGCCAGGGAACAAGUGGCUGCAGGCCCCUCCAGAGGGGCACUUUAUGUUCCAACACCUGCCUCUGUGUUGGAUGGGUGUGGAGAUUCUUUCCAUGCAGCAGAUGAGAAGAGGCAAAAGGCCAGCACACAAUUUUUUGCAGAUACAGGGCUUAUGGCUUUGUUGUGUCAUCAUGAUCAUGUUCUCUGGUUGGUUAAUAUGACAUUAACAAGGGAAAACCAGCACUAUGCCCUAGUGCUGGUGAAACAUCUCUUUGACCAUCUCCCUGCCAAGAUGACUGUUGGCCUCUUAUAUGACAUUAGUUGUCAAUUGGAGCAUAGUUGUCAAAAGUGGAAACUCCUUGAUGAUGGAAUACUCUCCAGGUUGAAGUUUGGUAUUUCUGUCUUCCAUGUGUUGUCACACACCAAAGGUGUUUGGUGA